UAAGAAUUCAACGACAUCAUGAGAGAACUAAACAUGGACACGCAGCGACAAAACUUCUGGAAGGAGUCAAUAAACAACGAGGUCUUAAUAAGAAACCGAUGGUUUCAACAACACAUGAGCGACGGAUUUAGUGACGAGGAAAGAAUCAAACCAGUGAAAGCCAGGAAGAUCACUGUUCAACCUCUCCAAACAAAAGAUCUGCCAGGGUACAAAAGUCCAGAACCUCCCGCACCUAAACCUGAAACUCGACCAGCCCAACCAGACGAGCUAGAGGUUACGAUGCGAGUAGCAUCAGCCACAACCAAGAACAAACUGUACACUGGGCUUAGUGCGGAGGGUGAAGGAAGGAAAGCGUACCUCCUCCAGAGGAAGAACAAGGGCCCGGAGGAGAAGUACCAGUACCCGCUAACCAGCGCCUUGGAGGUAGGGUGGAAGAUCAGGGAGGUCAGUGGCAGUAUCGAGGGUAAACCCGCUCAGUUUGGCAGGUCUAGAAUCGUGCAAGACACUUUCUUCAGAACGAACGGGGUGCUCUAGAUUCCAUAAUUUGACGGAAGAGGAAUUCUCAAUGCUUUGAUCAAAGAACAUAGUAGUUUUCAUUUUAUCUGACCUUUUUAUUGAUAAAUUAGGCUUUAAUCUUAACGAGUAUUUUAAGUUUGUAUCGAGCCAUACAUUUGACGAGUAAUGAUUAAAAGCACUGACACUCUUUUAUUUUGUGGUUUUGUAAAAAAUGAAGCUAAAUACACUCUAUGUACAGAUUUUAUUUCAACA